UCAUACAUGCUCAAAACGGGAGCCAUGAGCAUCGUCAUCUUAAACUUGUGGAACGAACUCCGGACUUCGUCGGUGAAGUGGAAGUGCACCCCUUCGGACACUGAAAUCGUGACCAAGGGCCCUUCAGAGGCACCGCCCUCUCCUACCAGAUGCGCCACUAGGAAGGUUGUCGACUCUCGAGGUAGAGCGCUCACAACUCCUGACCAAGAAGAGGACUCUCAAGUCGAACUCACUUCCUCACGGUACGGGCGUGCUGAAGACAAAGCUGGAGCGAUGGCGUCACAGGUGAGUCUCAGGUACGGACGUGCUGAUGACGAAGCUGGAGCGAUGGUGUCACAGGUAAGUCUCAGGUGCCGACGUCCUGAAGACGAGGCUGGAGCUUUGGCAUCACAGGUAAGUCACAGGUGCAUGGAGACGACACCCAGCCUUGCCUGUGCUAACAAGUGUGUCUUCUGCUGGCGUCACCAUACGAAUCCGGUUGGUAAAUCUUGGAAAUGGAAGAUGGACGGUCCCCUAAUGAUUGUUGAGGGUGCUCUGGAGAAUCAUAAGAAGAUGAUCAAGCAGAUGAAAGGUGUACCAGGGGUGAAGCCUGAGCGACUAGAGCAAGGUUUGGCGCCAAAGCACUGUGCACUGUCACUGGUCGGAGAGCCCAUAAUGUAUCCAGAGAUCAAUCAAAUAGUUUGUGAAUUACACAAACGCCGAAUCUCGACAUUCCUUGUGACAAAUGCACAAUUUCCUGAAAGGAUUGCUCAGCUCGACCCAGUCACGCAGUUGUAUGUGAGUGUGGAUGCAGCUACAAAGGAGCAAUUGAAAGCCAUUGACAGACCAUUGUUUUCUGAUUUUUGGGAACGGUUCAGGGACUCCCUCCGGGCCCUGCGAGACAAGAGGCAACGCACUGUAUACAGGUUGACAUUAGUAAAGGGGUGGAACAUGGAAGAGGCUCAGGCAUAUGCGGAACUGGUGGAGUUAGGGAGGCCGGACUUCAUUGAGAUCAAAGGAGUUACAUACUGUGGCAGCUCUUCUGCAUCAAGUCUGACGAUGGGGAAUGUUCCGUGGCACGCAGACGUCAAGUCUUUCUCAGAGGCAAUCUGCGCCCUCAGGGGAGACGAGUAUGCACUUGCGUGUGAACAUGCACACUCAUGUUGUGUGCUUCUGGCGAACAGAAGGAAGUUCCUCAUCAACGGGGCCUGGCAUACAUGGAUCAACUAUGAUCGCUUCCACGAUCUGGUGGCCAGCGGUGUGGCAUUUGGAAGUGAAGAUUACAUGGUACCUACACCUAGCUGGGCUGUAUAUGGUGCUGAGGAGGGAGGAUUCGAUCCGAAUGAGACGAGAGUGAAAAAGGAGAGAAGGCACGGGACAACUGCCGAUUCAGGAGGCUGCUCAUAGAUAAGACAGUUGGAAAAUUUGCCCCUUGUCCUCUUCACUUUGUUUGCUGCGUAUGUUAGUUUGUGAGAGCGCUGGUCUUUCACGCCAGAAGUAGUGGGUCAAAUCCUGUUUUUCCCAGGUGGUAUGGCUGAUUGGCUGAUGGCAUAUUAGUUUGCUAACCACAACUCUGCCGUCGCUAUGUGCACUUUGUACAUUGAUUCCUUGCCACAGUCCACUCAUUUUGACACAGCUCAUGCCAUCGUCGCUGCCGUGUAAAUGCCAAAAAUGAAAAAAAAUGACGUUAUUCCGCAGACCUAGUGCAUAGCACGUGUGAGAGUUCGAGACUUGAACGUAUGCCUUUUUGUGUUGUCAAUCUUUUGGUUCAUUUGAAACUUUUUAUCACUGUAUGUCCUUUGGGGCAUCAUGGCCGUUAAACUUGGAACGAUACAGUGAACGAGAAGAUUAGCAAGGCCCCUGCACAUAAGAAUUUAAGAAGAAGAGACUUUUGAUCAAUGUCAGUUGGUUUAGGAGUUGCCGUUCCUGGCAAAAGAGAAAAAAACAGAGUUCUUUGGUUGUCAGGUAGAUACAUCUACGCAUCUGAAACCAGCAAGUACAAGGAGUGGAAAGCACAGAGCUCGCCCACACACAGUUCGGCACACUCGGCCUCUUGCCACCAUGACUUUCUUCAAGGACUCGGCGAAGAGCAAAUCGGUAUGCGCUUCAUGCGUAUUACUUGAUGGUUGACAGACACUUAGAAGAAGUUAGUACAAGUGCGCACAGUUUUCACAAUCCGAAAAUCACUUUCCUUAAGGACCCGGCGAAGAGCAAAUUGGUAUGUACUGUGUGCAUGUUACUUGAUGCUUGGAACUUAGAAGAAACUAGUACAAUUGGGCACAGUUUUCACGAUCCGAAAAUCACUUGCCAAGCCUCCACUGAUGAAUGUGCAUAUCGGAUAACAUCUGUCAAUCCCGAUGAUGAUUGCUCACGAGUUAGUAAGAUCCUGGGUAUGGUUUUGCCGCAAUUUUUUUUGCACGUUCCUACUUCCAAAGCUUGUCCUAUUAGCGACUGGUUCUCUCUUCUGCGAAAGAAAGCAGCAUUUUGAGGCUUGAAGGAUGAUACUGUUUCACUGUGUCACUGUUUCCGUGUUUGUCUGUUUGCAAAUUUAAGGGUAUGGGAGGACUGGAAAAAAAAAAAAAGAAAGAACGAAGGCAGGCUAAGCAGUAAGUAGUAAGUACAGGUAAACGGAACUGAUAUUCUGCCCAAAACAAAAAGGGAAAAAAAGAGCUGAUGUUCUGCCCUAUGUUUUAAAGGGAAUUUGGAGCUGAUCAUUUCUAUUUCUCUCACUCUUUUUCGGAGUUCUUGCUCUCCCUUUUGGUUGACGGAGCUGAUCUUGAGAGAUGAACAAUAGAGGAUUCUAGAUAUGUCACCUUGGUCAGGUUUUGUGUACCAUGUUGCUCUCUUGUGAUAUAGAUAAAGGAACACCAGGAUC